AAUAACCAUAGGACAACUACGCUCUUACCAAGCUCUAAGAAACAUAUAGUUCUCAGAAUGUUAUGCACUAGCAAAGGAUCACUAACCCUGUCUCAAAGGAUCACUAUCCCUGUCUCAAAGGAUCACUAUCCCUGUCUCAAAGGAUCACUAUCCCCGUCUCAAAGGAUCACUAUCCCCGUCUCAAAGGAUCACUAUCCCCGUCUCAAAGGAUCACUAACCCAGUCUCAAAGGAUCACUAACCCCGUCUCAAAGGAUCACUAACCCCGUCUCAAAGGAUCACUAACCCUGUCUCAAAGAUGUCAAUUCUCUCAAAAAUGUUCUAUGGAAUCGUUUGUUUCUUUAAUGCUAUGUUUAUUAAAUUCACUGGAAUAAUAGACAACACGCAAAAAAUACACACACUCAGAGAUACAAAUACGGUUGGCCCAUAUACAGUAAGAAACAUUAUUUUGAGUGGCACCAUAGAAUGUUUCUGACACCUACAACUACCGGUYUACAUUGGCUGUGUGCAAAGCGUGUGAUAGGAGCAUGUUGGUUGCAUGCACCAGGUGUCAAUAGACAACAUCACUACUGUAUUGCAAGGAAGGGCUUCUCCAGAUUCCCCCUGGAAAGUGAGCUUGUAAAAAUGUCCAGUGCAUCAAGGGAGGUGUGUAAGAAGAUUUGCAUGUUGUUUGCAUUGCUGUUUGCAUGGCAAAGACCAAUGUUUGACUUGGAUCCUGCUAAUAUAGAACUGAACCAUGUACUGACACCUACCUAGUGCAUAGGACAGGGUGGUGUUAAGAGUAGGUAAACAGUGUCACACACAGUUUAGAGAAAGAGGUGAAUAGAGAGAUGCAAGGAGAGAAAAAGGGUAAGAGGUUAAACAAUGAGGAGGAAAGAAACUUAAAGGAUUAAGCAAUGGCUGAAAAUAAGAGAAGGUGAUGAAAAGGAUGAAAGGAGAAAAGUAAAGKAAAUGCACUACGGGAGAGUGAACGUGGGAGAAGAUGAAGGGGAGUAAAUAGAACAAUAGAAAGGAGAAAGAGAAGGAGAGAUGGCGGGGUAGUGGAGAGGCAGACGGAUGGAAAGCUGGACAGACAGACAGAUGGACAGCUAGGUGUGGUCAAUAGUGCUGAGUGGGGUUGAUCUCUCUCAAUCCUCUUGGCUCGCUGUCUGUGUGUGCCCACCAUCGGGCCACUGGCAGGGUGGCAGCAUGAGCGUGGUCAGCCUGGGUGGCAGCCCUAUUGAGGGGCAGUGUGAUGGACACAAUGCAAGCGACAGACUUGCUGCAUCAACAGCAUCCCCCAUUCCUGUUUUUUUUUGCUGCAGUGUGCCAUUUAUAAACCAUAAAUACCCCCCCCGGCCCCUAGUGCCUGCUCGCCAGGCCUCCACACUCACACGCCCUCAUACAGAGAGAGAAAGACAGAAAUAAAGAAAAGAAAGAACAAGGAAAAACGAAGAGAGUGUGGCUCGUACGUGGUGCAGUGAAGCACAAGCCAUCCAGAGGUAAAAUGUCAGAGCAGCAGGGUGCACCGGAGCAGCUAGCAGCUGGGAAGACCCAAGGAGGGGCAGGAGCCACCUAUAAGGUGGUGGUGUUUGAGUUCGAGAAUUUCCGUGGGAAGAAGGUGGAGCUGUCUGCAGAGUGUAAGGAUGUGAUUGAGAAGGAAUGUGAGAAGGUGGGAUCUGUCAUUGUGGAAUCUGGACCCUGGGUGGCGUUUGAGUGCCAGGCAUUUGGCGGGGAGCAGUUUGUCCUGGAGAAGGGCGAGUAUCCUCGUUGGAGCACCUGGACCAACAGCCAGACUAACAACUGCCUGCUGUCCUUCAGGCCACUCCGAGUGGACAGUGCAGAUCACAAGCUCCACCUGUUUGACAAACCAGGUUACGCAGGGAGGAAGAUGGAGAUUGUGGACGACGACAUUCCCAGUCUGUGGGUCCAUGGCUUCCAGGACUGUGUGGCCAGUGUAAAGGCUCUGAAUGGAACGUGGGUGGGCUACAUGUUCCCAGGCUACAGGGGCCGCCAGUAUGUCUUUGAGCUUGGAGACUACAAGCACUGGAACGACUGGGGAGCCACGGCGCCUCAGAUCCAGUCCGUCCGGCGAGUGCGCGACAUGCAGUGGCACAAAAGGGGCUGCUUCACCGCCCCUGCCCCGCCACCUGCCCCCACUCCUGCACCCAACCCCACACCCCCACCCCCUGCCACCGCUGGCACCAGCUGAAAGACAGGCUCCCUAAGAAGCCAACCCCGACCCCCCCAACCAUCCAGGGCUCCACUGAGCCUCUCCUCAUCACAGAGGGCCACCAAGAAACGACGAACUCGCAAGUGAAGUGACCAUCACUGACUUACCUAUGUGUCUGGAGUGGAAAUAAAGGCUCUGACCCUGAUUUGGUUUGAUCCAACUGGA